AGCCAGUUGCUUCAGGGACUCACAGAGUUUGAUCCCUUUUGUCGAAGUUACCGUAAAGUCAUAUAGCUCCUCCUACCAAAUCCUCCUCUGUACCAACAAAACCACUUAACUAUGAAAUCUCUUAAACUUAUUACUUUUGACGCAUUUGGAACACUCAUUCAUCUAAAACAACCAGUUCCUCACACCUAUACUGCUUUAAGCAAGAAGUACAAUUUCCAGUUUAAUGUGGAAGAAGUUGAAAAACUGUCAUUACAAGCAUUCAAGCACAACGCAGAAAAGUAUCCUAACCAUGGUCAUGCGAACGGUUUGUGUCCCCGGACUUGGUGGUCGGCGGUAAUCCAAGAAUCGUUCCCUGAAAAGAUACCGGAAGCAUUAGUGAGCGAGAUCUGGCAUUUUUUCGCAAGUAAGGAGGCGUACGAUUUGCACCCAAACCUUAAAACAUUCACGGAUUACUGCAAACGCAUUUUUCCGCUAGUCAAAUUCGGUAUCAUUUCGAACACAGACGAUCGUGUCAGACUAGUUCUUCGUGACCUCGGACUCGAAAAUUUGUUUGAGGUAGAGACAUAUUCGUUUGAUGCGAAGUGUGAAAAACCAAGCAAACAAAUCUUCGAGCUCACACGUACGUAUGCAGAGAAGCUGCUGGGAUCAAGUAUUGCACCAGAAGAGUGUUUGCAUUUUGGUGAUGACAUAAUUAAAGACGUGGAGGGAGCCAAGGCAGCUGGCUGGAACAGUUGUUACUGCGACAUUUCCACAGAUUUGUCCAGUGAACUCCAGAAACUGAUUGCUGAUCAGGAGUGAGUCAAUGCUGUACGUGUCCUUAUCGGUUCACCGCUAAAGACUUGUGCUGAUUUCAGUAACGAACCUCAAAGGGAAAACAUUAGAUGAUAUGUUACAAAGCUGAGAACAUCUGUUCUCGCAAACGAUAAAGCAAUCUUAGUGCCGUAAUAACAAUAAUAAUAAUUCUGCCGCGCCUGGCAAAAAUUCUUAUUCCUUGGUGGUGAUCAUUGACGAAAACCACAGUUGCACAAC